AUGCAUAACGUCUCUACACAUAGCGGCAAGGGCAUCACUGCAGUGCUGCAGAAGAAUCCAGAUGAUGUGGUCAUUACCUUUGCAAAGCGUACUGCGAUGGGGAAGAACAGAAAGGCUCUGCUCAAGGUCGACAGGUUAUUUGCGACCUUUGAGAAGACAAAGCUGGACCCCGCGAAACUUGACGACAUUUGCGUCGGCACAUGUCAUCCUCCUUCUCCAAUGUACUCCUCGCGGGCCGCUGCUCUCGCAUCCGGCAUUCCUCACGAUGUUCCCAUUUCGACAGUGAACAGGCUAUGUGCAUCCGGCCUUAUGGCCAUCCGGAACAUUGCCCAUAAUAUUAAGUCGGGCGAGAUAUCCAUGGGCAUGGCAAUUGGAGUGGAGAAUAUGACACUGAAGCGAGUCUCCAACAGUCUGUGCCAGUGUCCUCGUCCUACGCCUAUCAUUGCUGAAUCUGUCGACAAAAUUCCUCGGGCUCACGACUGCAUUCAACCUAUGGGUUGGACGUCUGAAAUGGUCGCUCAAACCUAUAAAGUCUCACGACAAAAGCAAGAUGAAUAUGCCCUCAUAUCACAUACUCGCGCGAACAAGGCACUGAACACCGGCAUCUUCUCCGACGAGAUCAUUCCAGUCGAAAUCCGCGGGACUGUGAUAUCCGUUGACGACACAAUCCGGCCUGGCGUGACGAUGGAGAUGCUAUCUGGGCUAAAGCCUGUAUUCCAAGAUUGGGGAGAUUCAACUACCACUGCUGGAAAUGCAAGUGGUAUUGGCGAUGGUGCUGCAGAGCGUGCGGAGAAGGAAAACAUGGAAAUUCUCGGGAAAUGGGUUGGAAGCGCAGUUGUCGGUGUCGAGCCCUGUUACAUGGGCAUUGGCCCCAUCGCCGCUAUUCCCAAGGUCCUUACGCAAGUUGGUCUCACUAAGGAUGAUAUCGAUAUCUAUGAGAUAAAUGAAGCGUUCGCUUCGCAAUUUGCAUACUGUGUCGAAGAGCUUGGCAUUUCUAUGGACAAAAUCAACCCGAAUGGUGGGGCAAUAGCCGUGACACACCCUUUGGGAAUGACUGGGGUUCGUCAAGUUGUCACUGGCCUUGCAGAACUCCGCCGAAGAGACAAAAAGUUGUUGUGCACAAGUAUGUGCGUCGGCAGUGGUAUGGGCGCAGCAGGCAUCUUCGUAAACGAGGCACAACCAUUUUGUGAAGCGAAGUUAUGA